GUCUGCCGCUAUUCCACUUAUACAGUUGCAAAAUAGUUGACAAGUCGUGAGAAUUUAUCUGCACCGAAGAUUAAGUGUUGACAGUUUCGUCUUCGGUAGUGUGAUUAGUGUUUGCCAUUGUGUUGACACUAUCUACCAAUUUCAAAGAUGACUCCUUGGGGUUUAAUUGGGCGAGUUCAAGUUGCUGAGGAAUCUCAACAUAUCGACUUUGGUUAUUACGCCCGUGAAGUCCAUGUGGUAACUCUGAAGGCAGUUGACAUCAAUGUUACAGUACGUGGAUUUGCUGCGAGAGUAGAGGCAUCUCUGACAUACCACAAUGCCACAGAUAAUGCUCUUGAGCUUGAGUUCAGGAUGCCAGUUGAUGAAGGUGCUGCUGUGUACAAGUUUGAAGCAGUCAUUGAUGGCCGGAAGAUCUCGGCACAGUGCUUGGAAAAGAAAAAGGCUGAACAAAUUUACAAGGAUGCUGUCCAGUCUGGCCAUACUGCAGUUCUAGCCAGGGAGGAUGCUCUGACUGCAGAUGUAUUUCACUUGGCUUUAGGGAAUCUCCCAGGAGGUUCUCAAGCUGAACUGCAGUUGAGUAUGAUGAUGGAACUAAAAGUCAAGACUGAUGGAGCCGUGAGUUUCACUUUGCCAACUGUUCUUAAUCCUCGAUACUGUCCUGGUGACAUUUCUCCCAGCCAGCAUACAGAGAGUGUUGCACAAACUGGCAACCCUGAAACAGUCAUUGUGUCUGAAGCCUAUACAUUUGGUAUGAAUGCUAAGGUUCAAGGGGGACAUACUAUAGCUCGCAUAACCUCACACCGUGAGUCCUUGAAUGUGGAAUUAAGUGACGACAGUAUGUCAGCAAAGGUGACUCAAGACAGCGGUGGAUUUAAGCCAGAUCAUGACUGGAGCAUGUUGAUAUACUAUGCCAAUCCAUACAAAACUCACAUCAUUCGAGAAUCAGGAGAACGAGCUGGUACUGGCCUCAUGAAGGAUGAUCUUGUCAUGGUCAAUUUACACCCAGAAUUCCCAGAAGAAAGUUACUCUCACAGAAACGAGAUUUUAUUUGUCGUGGAUCGCUCCGGAAGCAUGGAAGGAGAUAGCAUACAAAGUGCACGCGCCACACUUCUCUUGUUCCUGAAGAGUCUUCCUACGGGAUGUUACUUCAAUGUUAUAAGUUUUGGAAGCACGUAUUCUCUACUGUUCCCAGAUGGGAGCCAGGAAUACACAGAGAAAACACUGAAGAAGGCACUGAAACUUCAUGCUACAAUAAAAGCUGAUAUGGGGGGCACAGAAAUUUUGCAGCCUAUUAAGCAGAUUUAUUCUACACCUCCUAAACCUGGAUAUGCAAGGCAGGUUAUUCUGUUAACUGAUGGGCAAGUAUUCAAUGUAGAUCAAGUGAAAGAACUAGUAAGUUGCCAUGCCCACGAAACCAGGGUAUUUGCAGUGGGUAUUGGCAAUGGUGCUUCAACAGCUUUGGUUUAUGGCUUGGCCAGGGCUGGUCGAGGUCAUGCUGAGAUGGUAUAUCAACAAGACAAGCUACAACUCAAGGUGAUGGGGUUAGUGAGAUCGAUGCUACAAGAAUCUGCGCAGGAUGUGAAGAUCAGUUUUGAAGUGGAUCCUCCUGGAGGAAUUAAAUUAAUUCCCAAAAAUCCUCCAAUAAUAUUUGGUGGUCAACAUCUCAUUAUGUAUGUACGGGUGCCUACAUCAACAGAGGUAAUUGCUCUGUCUUAUUACUAG